UGAUGGGAUGCAGGCGGACGGCCGGACACCAAUCAACAGAGACAGACAGACAGACAGAGAGGGAGGGAUGGAGGCGUCAAUGGCUCUCUGUGAGGCGACUGGCUCUCUCUGUGAGUGCGAAUGACUGCAUGGAUUUUGUGCCCAUUCGUUAAGACUUCAACGAGCAGACAGGGACUCUUGGCGCCAACUGCAUGAGCCUCCACCUGUCGGUCAGUCAGUCAGUCAGUCUGACACUCAUUCAUCCCUCCAUUUAUGUGUGUGUCCGCGCGCGUGUGUGUGUGUGUGUGCCACACAAGAUGCGCUCCCAAUCUUCAAGCUUGCAGAUUGGGAGCCAUUAUGGACACAUCAAAAUUGUUGAACGGACAGGCAAAAUCGGUACAUGCAAGAUGAGACAGGGACCAAAAAUACACAUGCACCAUCCCGUCCCCGCGCACAUAUCGACACCAUCAAGGGAGACAGGCAGCGGCACAGCAAGUGUCCGGACCAUCUUGACCACACACACUUACGGCAGUCAGACAGUCAGGCUGUCAGCUAUCGACAAGAGAUCGGAAUAUCUCCAUCUGUCCACCCGACCGUGUGUGUGUGUGUGUGUGUGCAUUGUCUACCUUUCUCGGCCGACCGGGUCUGAUGGAUGAGUGUGGCCGUCUCAUCUAUUAUCUACUGUCUGUCUAUGUGUCUAUGUGUCAGUCAGAAGUCUUCGUUGAGCGAGAAGUAGUCCUUGGGGUGGGUGUCUGAGCCCGACAGGCACACCCGGAUGUGCCGCGAACCGGUGCUGGGCUGCACCUCCUGGCCCUCACACUGCAUCAACCAACCACACCAUACACACGUUGAUGGUGUUGAAAAGUCCUCCUCCCAUCUGUUCUGUGUGGCGUGUGUACCUUGCUGGUCAUCUCUUGUGUCAUGGCUGUGUAUGGGUUGGGGGUCAUGAAGGCCUUGCCGUGGGACAGCGACUCCAACACGCUGUCGGCACACCACUUGUGGUACCCCACCAACUCAUCUAGAGAACAGAUGACACCACACACCACACAUAUAUCGGUGCACUCGUGUGUGCGAGCACACACCGACCUCUGUUGAUGCCCAUGCUUUGGUAGUCGACGAGGGCGUCCAUCGCCGCAACGCUCUUCUCAACCGCAUCCUUGGCCAUGCACACAACCUGGCACACACACAUAACAACACAUCCAUACACACGCAUCCACGUGCAUCCAGAUGUGUGUGUGUGUGUACCAAGUCGUUAGGGAGUUUGUGUGUGAGCAUUCGGUAGAGGAGUGCGGCGAAGUCGCUGUGGGCCCGCUCGUCACGGCCGAUCAGCGACUGCACCUGCACCAGCCCCGGCAGCAACUUGCGCCCCUUCAACACGUACGCUACCACAUCGGUGCCUUGUCGACCGAUCAUCACAAAGAGAAUCAACACAUGGGUGCCGGCCUAGUGGGAUGUGUCAAUAUGCACGCGCUCACCGGCUGAGAAGAGUCGCUUCAUGAGUGCGCACCCGGCGGCCUUCUCGGCGAAUGGUGUGUCGGUGCUGCAGUGCUCCUUGACGUACGCACCCAACCCCUGCACGGCCGGCAUGCACAGCAACUCCUGCACCACACACACACACACACACACACACUGCACUUGCCCAUCGAUGGGCACGUGUGUGUUUGUGACCUUGAUGUCGGCCUCCCUCUGUGUGGGGUCCGGCAUGAGUGUUUCUGCGAGGUAGGUCUGCGCCUCCCGGUGUAUGUUCUCCAUGGCCACCUGCAUGCCGUAGAAGGCGCGCGCCUCGGGGAUCGUCACGUCACACAGCAGCCGACACGACAACACCGACAGAUUCCCAUACACACUACCAUUGCUGCACACCCCCACACGUCCACACACGAGUGUGUGUGUGUUUGUUGUGUGGGGGCUGAUGUGGUCCCCCACCUGGCUGAGUUGAGGAGUGUGAGUUUCUUGACGCUAGUGAUGGCCUUGUCGGGGAGCGUGGCGAGGCCGCCGGCGUCCUGCGCGAAGUCGAUCUCCUCGGCCGUCCAGAAACACGCCUCGUGCUUCUUGAACAUGUCCUGAGCAAACGAUGCCAUCCACAGAGAGCCAUGCAGCAGAUGGCAGAUCAUCAUGCAGAUCAGAUCAGCUCACCCAAACUUGAGGGUACGCGAUGGGCAACACUACCUACACCCACAUCACACGGCAUACCCACACACAUCCAUCCAUCCAUCCAUCCAUCCAUCUCCCCUUGUGAAGGUUUCGUUGGUCCACACUCACCCAUCUACCGGGGUUGUCCUUCAAGAUCUGCUCCUCCGCCUCGUGGCCUCGCAGCGCCGCACGGCAAGAGGACACGUCCAUCAUCCCAACACUACACCUGAAAGUCGCCUCAAUCCGCCGCUACGGUGCCAGUGGCUGUGCGGCUUGCGUCCUCAGCUGCACACAGCGGCUGAAACGAGG